UGCGGCCGGCCCGCCCAUUCCGCCGCUGUUUAUUCUUCUGGCUCUUGUUCCCCUCAGAAGCGGCGUCGGUGUCAUGGCGGCCGGGCAAGGCACCAUGGCGAGCGGCGGGGAAGGCGGCGGAGGAGGAGGAGGAAGCGGAGGCCCAGGGCCGAGCCCUGCCUCCGCCUCGGGACCGGGCCCGCCCCCUGCGCCGCCGCCUCUUCCUCCUCCGCCUCAGGCCUCGGCCUCCGAAGUGGGCCCUCCUCCUUCGUCUUCCUCCUCCUCGUCGUCGUCCUUCUUCUUCGGCCUGGGCUUGCCGGCCCACCUCACGCUCUCCUACCCGACGGGGGGCGCCGCUUCCGCUUCCGCCGCGGCCUCCUCCACCUGCCCGCCUUCCUCCUCCUCCUCCUCCUCGGCGUCGCCUCAGCCCGGCCGCAGCCUGGAGAAAGUCCUCGAGGAAGCCGCCAGCUCGGGCCUGCUCUGCCUCAGCGCCAGGAAGCUCCGCGACUUCCCCGCCAGCGCCUCCGGAGCCGCUUGCGACCUCAGCGACACCGUCCAGGCCGAUCUUUCCAAGAACAGAUUUACUGAGAUUCCUCCUGAGGUCUGGCAGUUUGCACCGCUGGAGACGUUGAACUUGUAUCACAACUGCAUCAAAUCCAUCCCUGAAGCCAUUAAAAACCUGCAGAUGUUAACGUAUCUCAACAUCAGUCGGAACCUUUUGUCGACGUUGCCCAAAUACUUGUUUGAUCUGCCACUUAAAGUUUUAGUGGUCAGCAAUAAUAAGCUUGUGUCUAUUCCGGAGGAAAUUGGCAAGUUGAGAGACUUAAUGGAAUUGGAUAUCAGCUGCAAUGAAAUCCAGGUACUUCCCCAGCAAAUAGGAAAAUUACAGUCGCUAAAAGAAUUAAACUUGAGGAGAAAUAGUCUUCACAUUCUACCUGAUGAAUUAGGAGAUCUUCCCUUGGUCAAGCUAGACUUCUCUUGCAAUAAAAUCACAGAAAUACCAGUCUGUUAUAGGAAGCUACGUCACUUGCAAGUAAUGAUUUUGGAUAACAAUCCAAUGCAGAUGCCUCCGGCUCAGAUCUGUCUAAAGGGCAAAGUACACAUCUUUAAAUUCCUCAGCAUCCAAGCCUGCCUCAGAAUGGAUAAGAAGCCAGAUUCUCUGGACUUGCCCUCUUUGGGCAAGAGGAUCCCCUCCCAGCCGCUCACAGACAGUAUAGAAGAUUUCUAUCCAAACAAAAACCACGGCCCAGACUCUGGCAUCGGCAGCGAUAAUGGAGAUAAAAGAUUAUCCACCACAGAACCCUCUGAUGAUGACACAAUCAGCCUUCACUCUCAGGUCUCAGAAUCGACUCGGGAGCAGACCCACAGAAACGACAAUCAAUUAAUAGGAAACAAACCUGAGUUGCAUAAAGAUCCUGAUGUGUGUGAUUACCUUGACCCCAGCUCAGAGGAUGUGGCAUCUUGCGACCAAGGAGAGCUGCCAAGCGGGCCAUCGAUCUCGUACAUCAAGGAUCGAGGGAAGCAGGCUGAGAAGUCCCCAAAAACCGAAUCGGGCGAAGACUGGGGAGAUGAAAAGAGGGUUCAGAAAGAACAGGUAUUGGUAGAGGAAGAUGACGAAUUGAAGGAAGUGACUGACCUAAGGAAAAUAGCUGCCCAGCUCCUUCAACAGGAACAAAAAAACAGACGAAGGCCCUUAAGCUAUAGGACUUCGUUCAGUGAAAAGCUUUUCCAGAGGACCAGGGUUGCGGGACGUGCUUCCAGACUGCUGAAUCACACCACCUCCUCCAGCACAAGAAAUAGGCCAAAACAGGUGGUGGAAUCAGAAAAAAGCCUGUCCGCAGACGAGGCAAACUCUCCGUCAUCGCCAUACGGCUGGCAGUCACUAGAGAAUCCAAAGGACCAUCCGGAUGAGCCGCACUGGCCAGACAUGCAGCCUGUGAUCUGGCAGAACGAGGAACGGAGACGUAGCAAGCAAAUCCGAAGGGAGUAUUUCAAGUAUAAAUCUUCCCGGAAGAGUUCGAGUGGAAAUGAAAAUGAUGAGCAAGACAGUGAUCAUACUAAUGUGUCCCCACAGUCUCCUGUCUCAUCCGAGGAAUAUGAGAGGGCCGACGGGCCAUUUGGACUCAAGCCCAGAUCAGCCUUUGCCCGUUCGCGGCAGGACUACAGCACUGUCGACCCCGGAUUCACCAUGAGGAGGAAAAUGGAGCACUUGCGGGAGGAGAGGGAGCAGAUCAAGCAGCUGCGCCACAACCUGGAGUCACGGUUGAAGGUCAGUUUGCCGGAUGACAUUGGAGCAGCAUUAAUGGAUGGCGUGGUUCUGUGCCAUUUAGCCAACCACAUCAGACCUCGGUCCGUUGCCAGUAUUCAUGUCCCAUCGCCAGCGGUGCCUAAACUCAGUAUGGCGAAGUGCCGAAGAAAUGUAGAAAACUUCCUCGACGCUUGUAAAAAACUCGGUGUGCCACAGGACAGACUCUGCCUGCCCCAUCACAUUUUGGAAGAGAGGGGCCUGGUCAAAGUGGGACUGACGGUCCAGGCUCUGCUCGAGAUCCCGUCCUCAAAGGCCUCGCAGCUCUCCUGCCUGUGAGAGACACAGGUCCCGUGGCUGGCCCUGAUUGACCCGUUUGGCCCUUGGAGGUUGCAGACUGAGCCUUACAUUUGGGGACACGCUCCCUUUAUGCCGAACUGACUGUUCGCCCAGCCGAGGGUUGUCCUUCUUGCGCGUUUUGAACUCAGAGCCAUAAGAGAUCCUGAAAACCCUCAGGAUUUCUUUCCAGGUAGUACUCGCCUUCACUUCCUCCUGUGACAUCUUUUUCCCUCUGUGUUAAGCUGAUGCCUCACUUUUGCAUCACAUUGUUUUCUUCUGUGAGAGAAAAACACCCCAAUUGAGAGAUGUUUACUGAAAAUCCCAACCAACUCCUGGUUGAUUAGUAUCAUGUCCACAUCCUGAACAAAGUGCAUUUCUCUCGCUUCUUCCAUUCAUAGUUUGACUUCUCUGGAUGACUACAAAAGCCACAUUUCCACUACAGUUUGAAUCACCUUUUUGUAUACAUUCCCCCCCCUCUCCAAAAACCCCCCAAAUCACUACAACAUACCGACAAAAACGCUAUGUGAUUAACCAUUUGCUUUUCUUAAUUUCUUGCACUUCUUCUUGUUGUGCCAUCUCCGAUAUUCGCAUUGAGGACGGCAACAGAAUAGUAUACAGCAUAAAGGACAAAAGUGGUGUGGGAUGUUUUCCCUUUUUCUCUCUCGCUCUCAGUAUUUCUAGGUUGGUGCCAAAAUAUACAUAUAUAUAUAUAUAAUAUUAUUUCAGUUGUACUGUAGAUUGUUUACAUGUGAAGUGCCUGUGUCAUGGAUAACUCUUUUACUAGUCUUAAAACCUUUUUUUGCAAUUCCUUUUGUGUCUUGAUAGAUGCGAUGCAUAUUUUUUAAAUAUUAGAGGGUUUUUUCCCCCUUUUUUGUAAGAUUGGUAAUAUGUGACGUUUCAUGGACUAACAUCUGAGUGUUGGAUGUUCUUCAGUUUGCACAGUUUUGAAUUUACUAGAUUUGGUUUUUAGGGGAGGGGGGAAACAAUGUAAAUAAGCUUUUAUUUAUCAUAUUUAAUUUGAUACCUAAUCACUUUUUUAAAGGUAUUAUCGGACGGUGGGUGUCUCUCUUGGUUUUGUUUUUUAAAGAAAUCUAUUAUUUUCCUUGUCUGGGUUGAACAGUGACACAGAGAGUGGUUUUAAAUGCACAUCAACAAAGGAGGUAAGGAUGUUGAAGUAAAACUGCCAAAUAUAAAUAUAUAUAUAUCUAUAUAUCUCAGGUUUAUAUUGUGAUGGUCAGGAAUUCACAUCUUGCUCCUGACUUCACUUUACUCUUUUCUUUCUUUUUUAAUAUGAGGAAACACUGUUCAAGGGCAGAACGCAAACUGAAGUUCUGUUUUUGCAAUAUUUACAAAUACUUUGGUGAACUCCUAGGUUUGGGUAUGGAGGUGAGUCCACUAAGGAGGAAAAGCAAGGAUUGGAAGGGAUUGCUGUGAGUUUUCCGGGCUGUCUGGCCAUGUUUCAGAAGCAUUCUCUCCUGACGUUUUGCCCACAUCUAUGGCAGGCAUCCUCAGAGGUUGUGAGGUCUGUUGGAAACUAGGCAAAGGAGGUUUAUAUAUCUGUGGAAGGUCCAGGGUGGGAGAAAGAACUCUUGUUUGUGAAUGUGUCAUGAUCUCUAUCUCAUGCCAUUUGACUAUCAGCCCUCCUGACAUAGAGCACGUGAACAUUGGCCAAAAAAGGGGACACGACAUAUGAACCAGCCAUAAAAGUCAAUUGCCCCAAGGUAGGGAGAAAGUGGGCACUGGAAUGUGGAAAAAGGUCAGGACUCUUGCGUGAUUUAGGAUAUUGUAGCUAGGCCUAUAUAGACAGGUAGUGCGAGACUCUUGUAUUCCGAACAAUAAAGACGUAUGGUACCUUCA